GCCCCUUUCCUUGUCGCUGAAAUACUACGUCACACUCACAUGUGGAACCUCAGCUGUAGCCAGACAUCAUAAAAACGUCUAAGGUUUUUUUUGGUUUAAAUCGAUCAUUCGUAUAUAUCUUGUAGUAAACCAAAUUAGACAUGGCCUCAAGUUGUCGAAGACCCGAGCAUAUGGCUCCGCCUGAAAUUUUCUAUAACGAAGAGGAGGCCAAGAAAUAUUCUCAGAAUUCUCGGAUGAUUGAGAUCCAGAGUCAGAUGUCUGAGAGAGCUGUGGAGCUGCUGAACCUGCCUGAGGACCAGCCCUGUUUCCUGCUCGAUGUAGGGUGUGGCUCCGGGCUAAGUGGGGACUACCUGUCAGAGGAGGGACAUUGCUGGGUUGGAGUGGACAUCAGCACAGCCAUGUUGGAUGUAGCGCUGGAUCGGGAGGUGGAGGGAGACCUUGUGUUGGGGGAUAUGGGGGAGGGAUUGCCCUUCAGGCCUGGGACCUUUGAUGGCUGCAUCAGUAUUUCUGCUCUCCAGUGGCUCUGCAAUGCUGACAAAAAGACUCACAGCCCCCCCAAGAGGCUCUACACCUUCUUCAGUACACUCUACUCCUCCCUGUCAAGAGGAGCCCGUGCAGUGUUUCAGCUUUACCCAGAGAACUCUGAGCAGCUGGAACUGAUUACAUCCCAGGCCAUGAAGGCAGGCUUCAGUGGAGGCAUGGUGGUGGACUAUCCUAACAGCACCAAGGCCAAAAAGUUCUUCCUGUGUCUGUUCGCUGGGUUUUCAGGAACCCUACCCAAGGGGCUGGUGUCAGAGACAGUGGACAGGAACGUCCCAAAUCAAGUCCAAUUCACAGGACAGAGAUCUCGCUUCAAGAACAUGAAGGGCAAGUCUGCAAAGAAGGGAAAAGACUGGGUCCUGGAGAAGAAGGAGAGGAGGAGAAGACAGGGCAGGGAGGUCCGAGCUGACACAAAGUACACUGCCAGGCAGAGAAGGCCUCACUUUUAAACCCCAGUCAGUCCUGUGUGUUCCAGCCCGGAGGUUCACACUCAUGGAGUACUACUGUCCUUCCUGUGUGUUCCAGCCCGGAGGUUCACACUCAUGGAGUACUACUGUCCUUCCUGUGUGUUCCAGCCCGGAGGUUCACACUCAUGGAGUACUACUCUCCUUCCUGUGUGUUCCAGCCCGGAGGUUCACACUCAUGGAGUACUACUGUCCUUCCUGUGUGUUCCAGAGGAGCUGUGACCGGCAAGAUUUAAACUUAAAUGGACUCAAAUCAAUCCUACUCGCUUAAAAAAAAAGGGUGGAUUAAAAUCUUUAUUUUCUUCCCAUUUUAGAAGUUGAUGGUUGUUUUUUUCCAGGAGUUGUCUCUCUAUCAAUGGAAUGGAAAUUAAUUCAUAUCAAUUUGAGAAUGUGAUUCCCACCCACACCGGUGACUGCCAGUUGCUGUGGUUACCUAGACUGGUUGCUAGGCUUUGUUUAGCUAUAACAUUCCUAGAGAGGGGACAGUUUCUGUACUUUCCACUCCUUCUGGUGUCAUGUGCCACUAGAGCAUGAGGAGUGGAAAGUUGUAGCUAAACAGUGACUGGCCACCAGUCUAAUGCUUAUCUGGUUGUGGUCCCAAUCCUCUGGACAGAAACUGGCCCCUCUCUAGGACAUGGACCCCUAUCCUCUGGACAGAAACUGGCCCCUCUCUAGGACAUGGCCCCCUAUCCUCUGGACAGAAACUGGCCCCUCUCUAGGACAUGGACCCCUAUCCUCUGGACAGAAACUGGCCCCUCUCUAGGACAUGGGCCCCUAUCCUCUAGACAGAAACUGGCCCCUCUCUAGGACAUGGACCCCUAUCCUCUGGACAGAAACUGGCCCCUCUCUAGGACAUGGGCCCCUAUCCUCUAGACAGAAACUGGCCCCUCUCUAGGACAUGGACCCCUAUCCUCUGGACAGAAACUGGCCCCUCUCUAGGACAUGACCGCCUAUCCUCUGGACAGAAACUGGCCCCUCUCUAGGACAUGACCCCCUAUCCUCUGGACAGAAACUGGCCCCUCUCUAGGACAUGGACCCCUAUCCUCUGGACAGAAACUGGCCCCUCUCUAGGACAUGGGCCCCUAUCCUCUAGACAGAAACUGGCCCCUCUCUAGGACAUGGACCCCUAUCCUCUGGACAGAAACUGGCCCCUCUCUAGGACAUGGACCCCUAUCCUCUGGACAGAAACUGGCCCCUCUCUAGGACAUGACCGCCUAUCCUCUGGACAGAAACUGGCCCCUCUCUAGGACAUGACCCCCUAUCCUCUGGACAGAGACUGGCCCCUCUCUAGGACAUGGACCCCUAUCCUCUAGACAGAAACUGGCCCCUCUCUAGGACAUGGACCGGUAGACUGCAAAUAAAAUAUUCCCCUCUCUGA